AUGACACUUUCUUUUUUUUUUUUUCAUUUUCUUUCACAUCUCAUUUUUGUUUUAUUUCAUUACCUUUAUUUCGCUCUUUCUCUUUUUUUUUUUUUUUUCUUCCUCUGUUUUUCCUUUCUUCAUUUUUUUUCUUUAGAAUCCUCGUUGCUUUUACUUUUAUACUUAUUUUAUUUUUCCUUCUGUUUUUUCCUUCUGUUAUUUUUUCUUCUAUUUUCCUUCUUUUAUUUUUCUUUGUUUAAUUUUUUUCGCUUUAUAUUUCUCCUUCCUUUAUUUUUUCCUCGUUUAUAUUUUUUCUUUCUUUAUUUUCCUUUCUUUCAUUUUUUCUUCGUUUUAUUUUUCCUUCUUUUCUUUUUCUUUCUUUUAUUUAUUCCUUCUUUUAUUUUAACCUUCAUUUUAUAUUCCCUAUUUUAUUUAUUCCUUGAUUUUACCACUUUUCUUCCUUGUUUUCAUUCCUUUUAUAUUUUCAUCAUUUUUUUUCUAUCUUUAUCUCUUUCACUUCAUAUCAUUCUGUCUUUUAUUCAGUUUUGCUUUGUCCUUGUUUUAUUUUUCCUGUUUCUCUCGCAAAAUCCGUUUUCUUUACAUAUUUUUUUUUUCAUUUUCUCUUUGUUUUUUCAAUCGAUUUUUCUUCUUCUAUUUCUGUUUUUCUCUUUUUCUCACAAUUCUCUUAAACUUUCCCCCUUUUAUUUCUUUAUUGCUUUAAUUUAUUCUUUUUUUUUUUCUAUUUCUUUCUAUAAUAUCACUUCUUCUAUAUUUCCCUUCUCAUCUUUAUUGGUUUUUUCUCGUGUUUCUAAUAAUAUAUUUUACUUCUUUCUUUCUUUGUUGUUUUCUUUCUUCCUUUUCUUUCAUUUUUACUCCAUUUUAUUUCUUUAUUUCACUCCCUGUUUUUUUUUUGUCUAUCACUGCCUUCAUUUUUUUAUGUUUGUUUCUUUUUUUUUGCUUUUUAUUCUUACGAAAUGUCAUUAA